AGAAUGAAGUCAGAAGGAGGCUGUUUACUUGUUUGAAACAUUUUUCUUCUAUAAAACUAUGGCGCCUUUUUCUUCUCUCUCUCUAUUUUUCUACUUUUCUUUAUAAAAUGAAGUUGGAUGAAAAAUACACUGUUGAAGAACAAAUAAAACGACAACAAACCACAAGUAAGCGCUGGAAAUGGGUGCGUCGCUUUACUCUUUUCACUUUCUUGGUUGGUUUAUCUAUCCACACGCUUUAUCCUGUUGUUCAACAAGACAAUGUGUUUAUAACAAUACAAGAAACAAAAGCUCGUGUCAUUUUGCAUACUGGCUUCCCUCCUGUUGAACAUAUUUCUGGCUUAUCUAUUCAGCCCGGUAAAGCUGCAGCAACGGCAUUCUCACCCAAUCCUACCAACUUUAAAGAAAUCGGUAUGGACCGCAGUUAUCAUCGAACAGGCGAAAGUUGGUGGGACCGUCUUUUCCCUAACCGUCAUGUUCAUCUUGUCAGUGUUCAGAUUCCAGUCUCUAGUCCAACCCAACAUAACCGUAUUGAAGGCACAUUAUCUAUCUGUGCCUCAAAGCGCCAUGGUAUGUUUGGUAAUAUUCAAGUGCCUGAUUUGAACAAGUGUGUUCAAACAGUAUCAGUCAAUAACCAUCAAGAUGAAGUAACUGAAGAUGAUCUUUUCGGUGUACUCGAAUGGGUUCCUGAAGAAGAAGUUGUUGUAUUGAAGAAGUCUAAAUUGUAUUGGCUUGUUGUUCAAUCAGACAAAGAGGCCUUUGACUGGGUCUAUGCUGAAGGUGGGUCCAAUCAGUAUGGCACUGCUUAUGAGACUGAAGCUGGUUGGGAAUUGAAGCUAGAAGGUGAACCUGUUCCAAGUGCCAUGAUUAUGGUAAAAGAUCAUUCAAAAUAAAUAAAGAUUCGGAUUCGGUCGAUUGAUUUUGCCGAUAUUUUAAUCAGAA